UCGGUAAAAAUAGGUUGGGUUCGUUGAAACCCAGCCUUGCUAUGUUCGUCGAGGUUCAUCAGAACUUAGCAAGGUUGGUUUUGAUGAUCUUGCUGGGUUCGUUGGGGUUCAUCGGAACCCAACAAGGCUGGGUUGUCGAUACCCAACCUUGGUUGCAAGAUCGUCGAAACCUAGCCUUGCUAGGUUCGUCGGGCUUCAUCGGAACCCAGCAAGGCUGGGUUUCGACGAUCUUGCUGGGUUUCGAUGAACCCAACAGUUGGGCUCGCCGUCGAACCCAGCUGCUAGCUGCUGGGUUCGUCGGGAUUCAUUGGAACCCAGCAAGGCUGGGUUUCGACGAUCUUGCUGGGUUUCGACGAACCCAGCCUUGCUGGUUUUGUCGAAGGCUGGGUUCAUCAAAACCCAGAUCAACUAGAAAUAGGCUUGGUUCCGAUGAACCCAGCAAUUGGGUUUGUCAAAACCCAACCUUGCUGGGUUCGUCGAGGUUCAUCGGAACCCAGCAAGGCUGGGUUUUGACGAUCUUGCUGGGUUUCGACGAACCCAACCUUGCUGGUCGCGCGAACCAGCCUUGUUGGUUUUGUCGAAGGCUAGGACUCACCCCACUAGCAGUAGAGGCAACACAACUCGAGCAAAUCUCACCACGAAUUCCUUGCAUUUGGUCAAUUUCUCAAGUUCCCCUGAGAAAAGAGAAGAAGAAGAAAUUAGUUAAGAUCGGUUUUGUAGAUGGAGUGGAGAUGAGAAAGCAUUCAGAGAAGAAGAAGAAAUGGGUUAAGAUCAAUUUUGCAGAUGGAGUGGAGAUGAGAGAGCAUUCAGAGAAUAAGAAGAUAUGAGUUAGAUUGAUUUUGCAGAGAGUGAAGAUGAGAAUAUUAGUGUUAUUCUCUCCCCCAAACUUAAAUCAAACAUUGUCCUCAAUGUAAAAUAAAAGUAAGAGAAAAGAGAAACUUCCCAAGUUUUGCACUUGAAGACUUAAAAUUGAAGUUUUGAAGUUGAGUUGUCUUCAUUUAGAGGAGACUUCUAGCAUGUGAAUUUCCAUAAUCUUGUCCCCCAAACUUGUUCAAUGACCUGGCCAAAAUCAAAGAACAACAAUUUA